AUGGCGGCAGCGCCGAUUGGCGCAGGCCGUAAGAGGGGGAUGAAUUCGGCAACGGAUUCAGAAUUCCCUCCGUUGGACUCUGGACAGAAGAGCAAAAGGAAUAGAAACAUUUUUGUGUUUGGGAGAGGAGAAGAGAGUGAGAGCCCGCGCUAUUUGGUAGUUGAGAGAAGUGAUGAUGGUGAGAGUAUGAAAGCGCUCUCGGUGUUCAAGGUGAAGAGAGAAAUCAGCAAGUUGGUGGGGAAGGUGAAGCGUUUGCAACCGCUGUUGCAGGGUAAAUCGCUGCUUAUUGAGAUUGCGUCGGACGAGCAAGCGGAUAAGCUUCUCAAUUUGAAGACCUUGGCUGGAAAAUCGGUCAAGAUUUCAUGGCACCCGUCGAUGAAUAAAUGCAAGGGGAUAAUUGCGUGCUUCGAUUGGACGUAUAUUCCUCUCGCAGAGCUGAAAGAGGAGUUGAAGGCAUUCAACAUCUCCGAUGUGAAUGCAAUCAAGAGGAAAGUUGAGGGAGGAAAAAUGGUCGACACAGGCACAUUUAUUGUGACCUUCGAUUCGCCGAAGUUGCCAGAAUCCAUUGACGCGUUUUAUUACCCUCUCAAGGUGAAGGCCUUCGUACCGAAUCCAAUGAGAUGCUUCAAAUGCCAGAAGUACGGGCAUUUUGUGGAUAAAUGCCGUAUGGCAAAGAAGAUCUGUGCGAAAUGCUUGCACAAUGAGCACGAGGGAGAUUGCGUUCAUGCACAUGCCUGUGCAAACUGCGGAGAGGACCAUCUCUCAUGGUCCAGGAAGUGCCCCAUCUUCAAGCAGGAAUUUGCUAUUAUGAAGAUAAAGAUCACCCAGAAGAUCUCAUACUUCGCAGCCAAGCAGGAGUACAUGAGGACAAGGAGUAUGGACUUGUCUUUUGCAGAGACAGUGGCUAAAUCUAAAGCCACGAACUUGCGGAAGCGGAUUAAUGUUGGAGGAAAGACGGUUUUUCCAGGCUACGAGCAAGACAAGUCUGCGACUGCUGGAGUUAACGGGGUGGGAUUCCCCCCGUCGGAAUUUGUACAAUCUUUGAGGUCAGAUAGGAUGGAGACUGAUAUAGUUCUUCCUGGAUCUUCAAGAGAUGGAAAGCCUUCAGGUGUCUCCCCAGGAGACACCUCUUUGGGUGCUAAGGAUGACCUUAGCACCGGUAAUAUUUCAAAUAUUCCUUCUACAGGAACAGUAAUCAAAGAUGCGUUGAAUAUUUUGGUUGAUGAUGAAAUUUAA